CUCCGCUAUAAAAUCCCGCCAGGCACUCCUCGCUACCGUGAUUGAGUUCUAUUCUUCUUCUCAGAGAAUUAAAAAGACCUUUUUUCUCUUCAAAAUCCUGAAAAUCCCAACUCUCCUUCUGGCAGAGGUUUUCUCCCCAAAAUCCUAAAUCUCCCUCUCGCAGAGAAGAAGAAGAAACUUCCAUGGCGGACGGAGCACGGAAAACUCUGCAGCCAUGGAAACACCUCGACGGUAAGGUUGUGUUAGUGACGGGCGCUUCCUCCGGCCUCGGCCGUGAAUUUUGCUUGGAUCUUGCGAAGGCCGGAUGCAAGAUCGUUGCUGCCGCUCGAAGAAUCGACCGAUUGAAGUCUCUCUGCGAAGAAAUCAACGGAUUGACUUCUUCCUCUUCCGUCAGAUGCGCUGCGGUGGAGCUCGAUGUCACUGCAAAAGGCUCCGUCAUCGGAGCGUCCGUGCAGAAGGCGUGGGAUGCAUUCGGCCGGAUCGAUGUCUUGGUUAAUAAUGCCGGAAUUAGAGGCAGUGUGCAUUCCCCACUGAGUUUGUCUGAGGAGGAGUGGAAUAAUAUUAUUACAACUAAUCUCACAGGAUCCUGGCUAGUAUCCAAGUACAUCUGUGAGCACAUGCAGAAAGCAAAUCAGAAAGGGUCAAUAAUCAAUAUUUCAUCUAUUGUGGGUCUUAACCGUGGACAGUUACCUGGAAGCCUUGCCUAUGCUGUAUCGAAAGCAGGUGUAAACACCAUGACCAAGGUCAUGGCUAUGGAGUUGGGGGUGCAUAAUAUCAGAGUCAACUCAAUAUCACCAGGAAUAUUCAAAUCUGAGAUCACUGAGGGCCUUAUGCAGAAAGAAUGGCUCAACACUGUCGUCGAAAGAACUGUCCCAUUGAGAACAUUCGGCACGUCGGAUCCGGCACUGACAUCACUUGUUCGUUACCUAAUCCAUGACUCGUCAGAGUAUGUGACAGGCAAUAUGUUUGUUGUGGAAGCAGGCGCAACUCUUCCCGGUGUGCCUAUUUUCUCGUCCCUUUGAUCUCCAUCUGUUCUCUUCUAUACAUUUACAGGCAGUUAUGUUCUAGACUUGGGGAUUCGAACGACAAUGGCUGGUUCUCCAGCUUGAUUUAUGGCUUGGGUAGAUUUCUCCGCAGAGAAUUGUUUGAUGUAUUUAGCCCAAAUAUCCUGCAUAUGUAUUAUCGCCAUAUCUAUUGAUGAAGACGAUCAAAUUUAGGUGCUCUCAA